UACAUCGGACCACAUCUCCCAUAAUGCUUCGCGCCCAGAAACUAACGCGUCUCCCUUUCACGUGUAAUAGACAUUCCGGGUCUCGGCCCCCGCGCAGAAGAAUUGGCUAAUCUGAACUACAGCUCCCACGAUACCCCUCGCACUACAACUCCCAGCAACCUCAUCGUCACCGACAAACGGUCCAGCAGCCACAUAGGAUCCGGAGGCGGCGGCGGCGGCCACCCCAAACGCAGCAGCAGCAGCAGCAGCAGCAACAACAACAACAACAGAGGCUAUAGGAGCAGUUGGGCGAUGGCGGCGGUAAGCGACUUGUUUAACCCCGCGAUGGAGGAGGAAGGUCCAGGGCCCAGUGCCAAGACGCUGCUGCCCAAGCUGCUGCCCUCAGGCUCAGCUGGCCGGGAGUGGCUGGAGCACCGCCGGGCCACUAUCCGGCCGUGGAGCCACUUCCUGGAUCAGCGGCGCUUCUCUCGGCCUCGGAACCUGGGCGAGCUGUGCCGGCGUUUGGUGCGCAAUGUGGAGCAUUACCAGAGCAACUACGUCUUCGUCUUCCUGGGCCUCAUCCUGUACUGCGUGAUCACGUCGCCCAUGCUCUUGGUGGCCCUGGCCGUCUUCUUCGGAGCCUGUUACAUCCUCUACCUUCGCACUCUGCAGUCCAAGCUGGUCCUCUUCGGUCGGGAGGUGAGCCCUGCACACCAGUAUGGCUUGGCCGGGGGCAUCUCCUUCCCCUUCUUCUGGCUGGCUGGAGCUGGCUCAGCUGUCUUCUGGGUCUUGGGAGCCACCCUCGUGGUCAUCGGAUCCCACGCAGCCUUCCACCAGCUGGAGGCGGCCGAUGGGGAGGAGCUGCAGAUGGAGUCUGUGUGAAGGCCCCCUCCCGCCUCCGCAGAGCAGGGAGGCCACGGCCGAGGAGCCACGCUUGCUGGCCGGCCGCCCCCUGUGCCCAGUGUUGCCAGUCUUUCCUGGAAGCCCCGGAAGGCAGACGGAGUUUGGGAGCCUGGCAGAGGGCCCGCAUAGCCUGAGAAUAAAGUCCAGCCCUCUACA